AUGCAUUUCUCUCAGAUCAUCCAGCUCUCUAUCGUCUUGGCCGGACUGGCAUGCGCCGCGCCCCAGCCCAACCCGGUCCUCGAGACCGUGAUGGUCUCCAACGGCGACACCACCGUGGCUGUCCAGGUCGAGGCACUCUCCCCCGUCGGCACCGGCCCCUUCACCGGCGGCGAGAUCAUCGCCCGCGGUGAGAUCCUUGCCCGCCAGGACUCGGUUAACUGCAAGGGCAGCAGCAGGUGCUCCAACUCGCAAGGUUUCAAGGACCAGUGCCUCAGGGCCAAGAACAAGAUCGAGAACACCACCUACACGACUGGCGGCGCAGCAAGUGGCACGUGCGAUGGAAACUGCGGCCUCUUCGUGCAAGGCAACGGAUGCUCCGCUUCGGGGGAUGUCAUGAGGAGCGCCUACGACGCGAUCCGCAGAAACGGAUGCCAGGCUUGCGGGUCAGCCCACUGGAACAAUGGCUGCUAUAUCACCGUCAACUUUGUGACCGGCUGCUAA